GACAGCCGGCUCGCUGGUCGGAGCAACGGAAUGUUGCCAAAUGCAAACGGAGACAGGGCUCAUGCGCCUUUAAAAGUUCCCUCGAAGAAGGAAUUUCAUACGCUUCACCUGCUGGGCUGGUGGCAGGGGCUAUUAAUUAAGAGCACAAGGGGCCUCUGCUUCAGCUGGUCGUGCGCGCUCUUGGCUACUCCAGUUCCCUUUGCGUUUUUGCGCUACCCGCACCUCUUUCCGGAGAAAGAAGACUCGAAAGACUGCGGACCCACUGAGCCGGCGUCGGGCGGGCAGAAGCGCUUCGAAGCAAGGCGCUGCGCGGGUGGGCGCACCUCUUCUUCCCGUUUGAAAGGGCGAGGGGCGCUCGCAGCUGCUCCCGGGGACCAUGGCGUCCAACCUGGCUGAGGACCUGCUGUGCCCGAUCUGCCACUCCGUCUUGCAGGAGCCCAACCUGCUGGGCUGCGGCCACAACGUCUGCCUGUUGUGCAUCAACAGCUGCGUCCCCGUCGGGCAGGGCGCAGGGAGCUGCCCGGAGUGCCGCCGCCCCUUCGAGCUGCAGGAGCUGGAGUCCAACGAGGCCCAGAAAGUCACCGCCCGCAACUUCUGCGAGGAGCACGAGGAGCCGCUGGAGCUCUUCUGUCGGCAGCAUCGCGUCCCCGUCUGCGUGAUCUGCCGGGAUCUGCCACGCCACCGGGACCACGAGUUCCUGCCGAUCCAAAAUGCUGUGAAGGACGCGCAGUGGGAAUUGGAGACAUUUCUUAGAAAACUGGAGAAUUUCCUAGAGACCGCUGGUGCCGCCGAAUCUUUACAUCUAGAAGAAAUUUCAGAGAUGGAGAAUUGCACCAAAGACACCUUGAGCCACAUUUCCAGAGAGUUUGAGGCUCUCCGCCAGAUCUUGCAUGAGAAGGAAGAAAGGGUUAAGAACAGAGUCCAGAAGAUAAGCAAGAAGAACCUGAAGGAUAUGCGGAAAGCCGUAAAACAUCUGAAAGAGGAAGCAUCUUCGUAUACAAAGAGGAUUGCCAGGAUUAAAGCAGCCUUAGAAACGACAGACCAUGUGGCCUUCCUGAAGGGCUUCAAGCAACUGAUGUACGAAACUGCGGUGGGCGAGGACGAAGGAGACAGUGGCGAAGAAGAGGCUGGGCUUGAGGAAGAAUGUGACAGCGAUGAAUGCGAGAGCAAUGGCACGGAAGAUAAUUCUGGUGGCAUUGUGAUGUCAGCGGCUGUAGCCCUUGAGAAAUUGGAGGCCUCGCUGGAUUUUGAUGUGUGGAAGAAAUUUUUGCAAUAUAUUGGGCCCAGGGACUGAUACCCCAACCCCAACCUUUUAUACAUAGAUGGUCUUGAUGCGGUUAUCUGCUUGGCUGCGAGUGAUGGCCUGUAAUUGAACUAUAGUACUGACAGUGCUCUGAUUUUAUUAUUAUUAUUCUCUCACCACCCACCCCUUCUCUCUUCCCCAUCCCCCUUAAUUCCACUAGUGGCACCACUACAAUUUUAAUGGAGGGUAAUAUUUUUGGACGGGCUUUAUAACAACAAUGUGAGGGAACUGGUAGCUUCUUUUGAGGCAGCUCUGAGGAAGCUACGCUUGCUGUUUUGAAAACACACCCCAUAUUAGCCUUUGCUGGAAUGGUGCCUUUCGGGUGUUUUGGACUACAAAUCCCACCAGCCCUAGCCAGCAUGUGUUGCCUGGGGCUGAUGGGAGUUGUAGUCCAAAACAUCCUUUUCCCCCUGAGCAGCAGUGGGGGUGGCCAGGGGGUGGACCAUUGGCAGCUGUGUGAGGAAAGUUGUGGUCUUGCCCAGGACCCCAGAAGUGGAAGCUGGCACUGCCAGCAGGUAUUAUUUCAUUCUUUCUUGGCAAACCCAAGCAUGGGCAUCAGAUGGCAUACACUUUGGCAGAUGUGGAGAACCUUUUGCCCUCCAGAUGUUGCUCAGCUACAACUCCCAGCAGCCCCCUGCUAAUAUGAUUGGCAGCUAGGGAUGGUGUGAAUUAUAGUUCAGAAACCCCAGGGGCCAAAUGUUCCCCAUUCCUGCUCUAUAGUAUUUUGUAAAGUUAGUUUCAUUUUUUAAAAAAAAGAUUCCAAAAUCUGCAAGAAACAUUCCGAUUUGCAGAAUAUCACGUUCCUAUGACUCGGCCCUCUGAAAUGACCUGUAUCCUCUGUUGAUUUGUCUUGUUUCUACCUAAUUACUGAAUACUUUUUAAAAUUGUGAUUUAUUGAAAUGUUGCAUUGUUCGCCGAUGACGUUGGAAGGAACAGAAUAUAAAUAAAGAUUUCUACACACACACACACACACACACACACACACACACACACUAACCACUCCUCACAAGAAGAUCCCAGGAUCAGCUUAUAGCACAGAAGCACAACACAAUUUGAAUAAUAGACAACAACUUGCCUCUCCCUAACCCCAAAACGAUAAUUCCAUGCUGGAAGGAGGACACUGACAUUGUCAAAGAGCAGAGCCAAGUGGUGUGUCUUCAGCAAUGAAACAGAAGCUGUGAGCUGUACUUCUCUGGUUGUGCAAAAAAGGGUCCUUGUAAUUUCUGCCUGGCUUCUACAUUUUUUGUCCUCAUUGGUCCAUUUGACCUUAACAACCUUCAAAGCAAAUGGUCCUGUCUUUUCCUUUUUGGCAACUGCCAUGGCCAAUUUUGGAAAAACCAAGUGAACUGAACCUUUCCAAAAGGGAUAUUUUAAAGCCUGUAUCUUUGUUAACCCAUAGAUUGCAUGAUCCUUUUGUAAGGAAACCAUGCAUUUUAAUUUUUAAGUCAUUUGGAACCUAUUUUCUUUGUUUUACUGCCAGCAGAUGGAGCCUUGUUUGCUGUAAUUUCUGGAGACUCUGAGUAAAAUAUUAACUUAUAUGCCAAACUAAGUGUCUGUGAUUUAUUCUAGCCUAAGUGUUUUGCCAGGAAGUUUUGUUUCAUAGCUCCCUGAUAAACGUGCAUGGGGAAGACAUUUUUACUUCAGCAGACAUUCUGAUGUAAUGAUUAAUUUUAACAGAUGUUAUAGCUCGUGUAUCUUUUUUAUAUAACAUAUUACUGCACUAUUAACCCUCAGCUGAUUGAAACGUAAUGAAGGAGAAGGAAUAGCAUUGCAGAACCUCAGCUGGCAUUAGCUAGUUUCUCUGCAAUAUGAGUGAGCGAAUGAUGUCAAUUU